CAAACAGCCCACUAGCCCCCAAGUUAUUGAAUCCCAUAAAUAUGGCUUCUCAAUUCUUCUUUGCUAAGCAACACAGCUAGCGAAACGUCCAUCGGUCCAUGGAAAUAGAAAAAGGAAAUGAAGGAAAAAUAAUCAUGAUGGUUGGUUAGUAGGAAAUUUCAGUAGAUUUGCGGUCCCGAUAUUAUAGUCGAUUAGUCGUUCUUCCCCCUUAUCGCUUUCCAGGAAAAAUCCCGAUUUCCUGGAAAACCCACAGAAUUCUGAUUUGAUUAUUUGAAGAAUCAAAAGAUCUAGCCUUGUUCUUCCCCCUGACGGACACCAGGAGAAGGUCAGGAAAAUUGUCGAUCGAUCAACAUAAACAAUGGGGCAGAAACAGUCCAAGGACGAAUUGGUGUACCAGCAAGUGAGUUACGGCAACGCCGAAGGCAUCAAAACCCUUUGCCGGGAAGGCGCUGGCCUCGAGUGGAUCGAUAGGGAAGGGAAAACGCCGUUGAUAUUGGCGUGCAUGAACUCUGAGCAUUACAAUGUCGUCAAAACCCUGAUCGAGCUCGGUGCUAAUAUUAAUGCCUAUCGUCCCGGUCGUGGUGGAGGAACUCCAUUGCAUCAUGCAGCUAAAAGAGGACUUGAGCAGACGGUUAAACUACUUCUUUCACAUGGAGCUAAUGCAUUGGUAAUGAAUGACGACUGCCUAACACCUCUUGAAGUUGCCAGGAUAAAAGGAUACACCAAUGUAGUUCGUGCGAUUGAGGAUCACAUAUGCUUAUUCUCUGGUUGGCUCCGUGAAUUUUUUGGCCCCGGAUUUCUGGAGGUUGUGGCUCCUCAGUUCUUGUCUAGAAAAGUAUGGGUUGUUAUUUUACCAACUGGCUCCCGCAAUGCCAGACAGCCUUUCAAGUUGGAGCUUGCCAUAUACACUAGUUCACAGGUUGCCAAACCUCGUAUGGUGAUCUCCUUGUGGAAAGCUAAUCUUGAGGAACCAAAGUUGCAUCAGGCUGAUCCUUCAGUAGCAAUUGUUGACAAUUCGAAUACAUUGGAUUUUAUCUUUAUAUUGCAUUCCUUCCAUAGUGUUCUCUAUUUACCUCAGAUUUUAUGUUCAUUCAUAGUGCCAAGGGGCCGGAGGCGGAGACGAAUGAGGCAUAAGCCUCCUACAGUUAGGCAAACACGGAUCAAACUUGCUGCUGGAAAUGAAGGCGACAGGCAACAGCUGCAAUGGUUUUGUGAUGCAUGCAAAGGAAUUCCUCAGGCAACCCAUCUUCCUCAAUUUCUGCAUAGUUCACAGCCUUCAGCUUCUGCACCUCCACCUCUUGAUGAUGCCGAAUUGGCAAUGGCCAUGAGUGCCUCUUUCCAGUCUUCUAUAAACGUGAGCCCAGCUGCAAUUACCAGCAGCGAAUCAAGCGCCGCUGCCUCCAUUAGUGCAAAUAACUUUGUGAAGGGGAGCAGCAGCCAAGGUCCACCUUCUGAAGCGAGUUCCAGCAAGUGGCAGCCAGUGCACGAAUCUGGCAGUAGCAGCAGCAAUUCCAAGCAGCAACCUGAAAUCCAUAAUAAUGCUACCAACUCCGCUGAUGUCUCAACAGCGGCACCUCAAUCAUCUAGCUUGGCCCCACCAUCAGCUCCACCGCUUGUUGAUGCAAUUGUGGAAGAAGGCCCCAUUCACUAUCCAAGAAUAGAUUUCGACGCUGUUGAUAUGUCUUCCGCAGAACCAAUUGUGGAAUCGCCAGUCAAAGCUGACGACAAGAAGGAAGAAGGGGGAUCUUCUGUGUGUGUGAUAUGUUUGGAUGCGCCCGUUGAAGGGGCUUGCGUCCCAUGUGGCCACAUGGCUGGAUGUAUGUCUUGUUUGAAGGAGAUCCAGGCCAAGAAAUGGGGUUGUCCGGUGUGCCGGACCAAGAUUGAUCAGGUUGUAAGGCUGUAUGCUGUUUGAACUUCUGCAUCACCAGCUUUUGUUUCGUCAUGUAAGCGGGUUUCCUGAGUACUAUUUAUCACUGCACUGUUGGAAAGUUUCUGAUCUGUUCAGGGGACCAUCAACCAUAGGGCAGGUAAGUCUUGCCUUGUGAAGGAAGGUAUAUCCUAUUAUUGGCAGCCAUGUCAGCAAGAAGUUUGUAUAUAUAUAUCACCGAGUAUCCUCAUAGAUGAAGUUCAAAAAUAGUAUUGUAGCUUGUGAAGUGUGUCUAUGUAUACCUUUGAUCUGGUGUACAGUUGUUUCUUAAAAGUACCUCGUGAACAUCGCUGAUGUGUAUGAAUGAUCGAGGAUCAAUAUCAGCUUGUGCUACUUCAUCCAAAUAUUUACUCUCCCAGUUUUUGGGCAUGCAAUGUUAUAUGUGAUGUAUGAAAGAGAGCCCAAAAUUAUAUUUUGCUCAAAUUGAUAUUGGUGGUUAAUGUUCAUAUAUGUUCAGUUGGUUUUCAGGCUAGCCUUAUAAGGACGGAUUAUAUUGAACAUAAUAGAUUUAUACCUUGU